AUGUCUAUGCUUUUAUGUGAACUUGGAAAGACAGGCGUUAUGGUACCUGUCAUUGGACUUGGAUGCACGGGAAUGAGCGAAUAUUAUGGGUCCAGCAAUGAAGUUGAUAAUAUAAAUGUGCUAGAUCAUUCAGUUGAAUUAAAAUGUAAUCUUUGGGAUACUGCAGUACGUACCGGCCACAAUGAAAUGCUCCUUUCAAAAGUUCUCAAAGAUCGUCGUCAUGAUGUGUUCUUAUGUACAAAAUUUGGUAUAGUACGUUCCCCAGAUGGUCAAGUUUCUGGAAUAAAUGGAACCCAAACUAUGUUCGUGAAGCUUGUGAGAAAAAAAUGUAUAUUCUACAUAAGCCCAAUUGAAGAUACUGUCACGACUAUGGCUGAACUUGUUAGAGAAGGUAAAAUCAAAUAUCUGGGACUUUCAGAAUGCACUGCUGAUAUCCUUAGACGUGCACACAAAGUUCAUCCGAUUUCUGCUCUUCAGAAAAUUAAAUAUCUAGAAGAAAAUGUUGUGGCUGCCAACAUUCAAUUAUCUGCCAAUGAGUUGUCAGAAAUUCGUAAAGCUAUUGAUUCCAUCGAGAUUUUUGGAUAUAGACAAAUUUCAAGAAAG